GAUUGGAACAUUUCUUCGUGUUGAACAACUCUGCCACCAUUGUCAGUUCUCACGGAAAUGGAACAGUCAGCCGAUUUUGGGCAGUACUCCAGCUGGAAACCUUCACCUUUCUGCUGCUGUGUAUCUCAGUGGUGCUUCAUUUUUCACAAUUGAAAAGAUAUUUGCAGCUAUGAAGUUACAUCUUUUCAAGUACGACACCUUUCGUCGUCAUGCACGAAUGUGCAUUGAGCCUGCUAUUGUUUACAAAUGGAGAAACUGGCAGGAUGAGAUGCUACAGCUGUUGGCUCAAAGGGAAAAGGUCAUUGUUGGAGGAGAUAUGAGGGCUGACUCACCAGGGCACUCUGCCAAAUAUGGCAGUUACACAAUGAUGGACCUGGAGACAAACACCGUUGUUGAUGUACAACUCGUCCAGAGUAAUGAAGUGGGAGGAAGUUACUACAUGGAAAAGGAAGGUUUGAAGAGAGGUCUUGACUUUUUGGAUGCUCAUGGAGUGACUCUGGACUGCAUUGUGACUGACCGACAUCCGCAAAUACAAAAAUUCCUCAGGGAACGCAAUGUCAACCAAUUCUAUGAUGUCUGGCACAUAGAGAAAGGAAUUUCAAAGCAGCUGGAAAAAGUGUGCAAGCUAAAGGGUUGUGAGAAAAUACGUAAAUGGUUGCAUAGUAUAAAAAACCACAUCUAUUGGACUGCUGCAUCAUCAAGCAGUGGACCUGAAAGAGUGGCUAAAUGGAUGUCUAUGCUAAACCACAUGCAAAAUAAGCACACACAUGAAGACAGCAAUUUUCCAGCAUGUCUACAUGGAACAAGGAGAAGUCGAGACACAAAAAAGUGGCUAGCUGCUGGAACACUGCCAUAUCUCAAGUUGGAGAAAGUUCUCUCCAACAAGAGAAUUGUGAAGGAUGUUGCCAAGCUAAGUCCACACUAUCAGACUUCUUCUAUCGAGGUUUUCCACAGUGUAAUACUACGGUUUUCACCAAAAAAUGUGGUUUUUCCAUUUCUGGGAAUGUUGUGCAGACUAUACCUGGCUGCACUACAUUACAAUGAGAAUGCCGGGCGUCCUCAAGACACGACAGCAGCUGGUCGACCGGUGUUCAAAGUGACCUUUCCAAAGGCCAAGAAGGGAGAAUACCGGGUCAGAGAAGUAAAGACACAAGCAACAUUCAAAUAUGUGGAUGACCUGCUGGACCUCAUAUUUGAUAAAGUCUUUGUGGAUCCUGCACCAUAUGUGGAUGAUGUUUUGAGGAUACCAAUACCACCAGCAUUGUGCGCAGAGUAUGACCGGCCAGAGAAGGAGGAGGCCAUCUCUAGUAGGGUAUCUCGGUUUAAUCAAUAGGUGGUCGAAAACCUACAUAACUACCCUGGGCAUCAGGAAACUCUCUUCGAAUCCUCAGGACCACACAGGAUGGAAUCACAACUCGAACUUUUCGUCCAAGGAAACCCCAGCACCAGCUCACAAAACUCCGAUAAGCUAAAAAUCUGUAACGACUAAGGCACACACACACAUAGCCACGUUCUCAAAACAGGGUUCAAGGAUUUUUCUGUGUUUUUUUUCUUUCAAAUAUCUAUCAUUUGUUGUCUGGAGUUGAAAUAUUUGAUAUUUAAUUGAUCAUGGUUCAAUUUUUUUUGGAGGAAUGUCCUUUUAUUAAAAUUAUUUAAUUUCUAAACUUAUUUGUACAGUUCAGUGUCUUUAUACAUAAUGUAAAUAAAAAAAUGUAUAUGCAA